GGGAGAGGUCGGGCCAUGGCGGACGCGUUGAGGGAGCGCACGGCGCAGCUGCUGACCGACUACCUGGAGUACUGUGCCCGCGGCCCUGGCACCCCCGCGCGGUCGCCGUCUACGCGCGAGGCCGCGGUGCUGCGCUCGGUGGCCGCCGACGUGCGGCAGCGUCACGAGCGCUUCUUGUCGGAUUACCGCGGCUACCGCGGCAACCGCGUCGAGCUGGUGGCUCAGGUGGAGCGGGAGAUACUCGCCCACCCCCAAGCACUAAGCUGGGGCCGUGUGGUGGCGCUCUUGACCUUCGCGGGAACGCUGCUGGAGCGCCCGCCGUCGGGGGCCUGCUCGAACUUGGGGCCGGACCAGGAACUGGAGCUGGGGGAGUGGGAGGCCAGCGUUCGCCAGGACUGCCGGCGCCUGGUGGACUUCCUCUGCCGUCGGCUCACAGGGCAGCACCGCGCCUGGCUGGAGGCGCACGGCGGCUGGGAUGGCUUUUGUCUCUUCUUCACACCUGUGCUGCUGUCUUCCUGGAAAAGACUGCUGGUCCAAGCUCUUCUGUCAUGCUUUACGGCAGUGAUCUUAAUCUACUUCUGGAAAAGAUUACCGACACCGUUUGGAAGAUUGGUUACAUUACCAAGGCUUUGACUGGAAUGUCUUACUUGAGAGAGAAAUGCAUCACCUCAGAUAUGACCAGACCGCUUUAAGGAAUUAAGGUUGACCUUACAGAGCCAAGGGAGCCUCUUGGAACUGUCGGCCUGAUUCCUUGCUUACAGAGAUCCCAGCGACCUUACCAGAAACGUGGAAGCAGUUCCUGACUCCUUCACCGAGCCAGAACAUGAUCCUUAGUACUCAGAACAAGUCCACCCCCACGCGCCAUCUGGACUCUGCAGCAGUGGCCCUCCGUAGGGAUGAUUUUCGUCCCAUAGGUAGGGAUAGCUCUACAACCCCAUUCACAUGAAGUUACAGAAGAUGAGCCCUCCCUCCUUCAGCAGCCUUAAAGAUCUGAGGACCAAAAAAUAGCCAGAUGGGAAAUGA